AUGUUUAAAAAAUUUAACUAAACCGAAUUCAACAGGAACAUGAAUCUAAUCGUCGAUGCAUAAGACACCUAAAAAGGUUAACUAUGGUUAGGAGACUAUUAUGCUGCCUUAGAUGUUGAUGCAUUAGUUCGAAGAGGUAUUAAUACAGUUCUUACAGUCGCUCAAGGGUUGAAAUUAUAUUACGAUCCUCAAAAAAAGAUUAGACACAGGUAAUGGAAUAUGUAAGAUUGCGAAACUUAUAAUAUAUAAAGACAUUUUAAUGAUGUAAUUUCAGAAAUAGAAAAUGGGUUGUAAAAAGGAAAUGUAUUAGUUCAUUGUGCAGCUGGAAUUUCUCGAAGUGCAACAUGUGUUAUAGCAUAUUUGAUGCAAAAAAAUUCAUGGAAUUAUUCAACAGCAUUUAGUUUCAAGUAUGGUCAAGUAAAAAAAUUAUAUUGA